UAUGGGCCUGGAUGCUGCUGCUUCCUACUUGACUGGAAGUGCCGAUUGCCAGUGAUCCUUGGUCUCUUGGCUGGAGGAAUGGGAGCUGCUCUGCUAUCAGACCCUGACAAGAUUGAGAAGAUCCUCAGCACUCUUGUUAAAGGGACACGCAGACCUGUGACCUGCAAGAUUCGUAUCCUGCCAUCACUGGAAGAUACCUUGAGCCUUGUGAAGCGGAUAAAGAGGACUGGCAUCGCUGCCGUCACAGUUCAUGGGAGGAAGCGGGAGGAACGACCUCAGCACCCUGUCAGCUGUGAAGCCAUCAAAGCCAUUGCUGAAACCCUCUCUAUUCCUGUCAUAGCCAAUGGAGGAUCUCAUGACCACAUCCAAAAGUAUUUGGACAUAGAGGACUUUCGACAAGCCACGGCAGCCUCUUCAGUGAUGGUGGCCCGAGCCGCCAUGUGGAACCCAUCCAUCUUUCUCAAGGAGGGUCUGCGACCCCUGGAGGAAGUCAUGCAGAAGUACAUCCGAUAUGCCGUACAGUAUGAGAACCACUACACCAACACCAAGUACUGCUUGUGCCAGAUGCUACGAGAACAGUUGGAGUCGCCCCAGGGAAGGUUGCUCCAUGCUGCCCAGUCUUCCCAGGAAAUUUGGAGAGCGUACUCACCCCAGAUCACCCCCAAGAUGUGCUUGCUGGAAUGGUGCCGGAAGGAGAAGUUGGCACAGCCUGUGUAUGACACGGUUCAGCGCCCCCUGGAUCGCCUCUUCUGCUCUGUUGUGACUGUUGCUGAGCAAAAGUACCAGUCCACCUUGUGGGACAAGUCUAAGAAAUUGGCGGAGCAGGCUGCGGCCAUUGUCUGUCUGCGGAGCCGGGGCCUCCCUGAGGGUCGCCUGGGUGAGGAGAGCCCCUCCUGGCACAAGCGCAAGCGGGAGGCCACUGACCAAGACCCUGGGGGUCCCAGAGCUCAGGAGCAAGCGGUGCCUGGGGAGCUGUGCAAGAAGCUCUUUGUGGCCUUGGGAAGUGGUGAAGAGAGCCCCCGGGAAGGCUGGUGACCAUUGUCCCUACCUUGGUCAGCAGCUUCAGAAGCCUGGCCAUAAGAUGUCUGUGGGUGCACAGCAUGAACCAGACGCCAUUGGACAAUUCUCUGACUGUUCCUGGCAGGAGUUAAGAGGUCCUGACCUGGGGCAUCAGCCUGGAGCACAGGCUAAAUGGUACCUAGGGUGCACAUCUCCCUUGGUGGGUCUGAGUAGCAAGGCCAAGUUCCCAGUGACCUCAUAUUUUCUUUGAAAACAGGAGCUUUUCAGGUGGCACCUUCUCAACCUGACAUUGGUACAGUGCAAUAAAGAUCCCCCCACCCUUACCCAUGGCUGGCUGCUUUAGCCUUGGGCAUCUUCACACA